AUGUUGGCUGGGUGUUCUUCCACAUUGUUGUCUCCAAGGCAUACUAAACCAUCUGCACAGUUUCAAGCUUGCCAUUUCCCUUCAAUGAGCACACAAAGAUUGGAUUUGCCAUGUAAUACUAACUUCCCGCGAAAAGACUCCGCAAGAUCACAGCCGGUUAGGCCUGUAGGCAGCUUAUCCGUCGACAACAACCCGAUAGAAUCUAGAACCAGCAGCUGUUCGCUUAAGCACAAUGUGGUAGAGAAAAGGCCCGAAAUCUGGGAGAACAGUAGCAAAGGAUUGAAAAGACUUUAUGAUGAUGAACAGGAUGAGUCUUUUAGAGCCAAGAGGAAAAGGGGUUGCAAGAAAGUCGAAGAAUUUGGCGAAAAUGAAGAGAAUUUGAGUUUAGGCCAAUUGGGUAGUGGGAAUUUUUGGUUUAGCAAACAGGGUUUUGUUCUUGAUCCUGCUACUUCGCUUCCAUUUUCGUUGUCGACAGCUGAAGAAAAGGCAUGUUUUGCUCCAAGCAAUGUGAAUUCGCCGCAAUUGAGAACCAGUCCAUGGAGUUUUGUGAACGAAUUAGCUGAUUUAGGCGAAAAGGGGGUCGCUUCAAGCAGCCAUAGGCAGCAGGUUGUGAAAGAAACAUCAUCAGGGUCAGGAUCAAGAAGCAGUUCUCCAGAAAGCCAUCAAAGUUUGGAUCCUGUUGCACAAGAGGGAGGUCUGAAUGGAGUUGGUGCACCAAACCCGAACCAAAGUUUGGAUUUUUUAGCAAUUGGGAAUGAAAACCAUGAUGAAGAAGUUGGAUUUGAGCUUAUUAGUUUGCUUUUAGCUUGUCUGGAUGCGAUUGGCAUGAAGAACAUAGCUACCAUUAACCAUUUCAUCUCUAAAUUAGGCGAAUUAGCAUCUCCUAGAGGUGACUCUUCAAUCUCCCGCCUUGCCGCUUAUUACACAGAAGCUUUAGCUUUACGGGUUUCAAGAAUUUGGCCGAAUAUUUUCCAGAUUUCUACUCCUCGGGACCUUAGUCAGAAUGAAGAAGAGAAUGGCACAGCUUUAAGGCUCUUGAAUCAAGCAACCCCAAUUCCGAAAUUCAUUCAUUUCACAUCGAAUGAGAUUCUGCUAAGAACAUUCGAAGGGAAAGACAAAGUUCAUGUGAUAGAUUUCGACAUCAAACAAGGGCUUCAAUGGCCGAGCUUGUUUCAAAGUCUAGCUUCCAGAAACAACCCUCCAAGCCUUAUCAGGAUCACGGGAAUCGGAGAAUCGAAACAGGAUCUUAUCGAGACAGGGGCACGACUUUCCGAGUUCGCGGAAUCCUUGAAUCUUGAAUUCGAAUUUCAUCCGGUUGUCGAUAGAUUAGAAGAUGUAAGACUGUGGAUGCUUCAUGUUAAAGAAGGAGAAACUGUGGCUGUGAAUUGUAUCUUGCAGCUUCACAAAAUGCUGUAUGAUGGCAGUGGUGGGGCCCUCAGGGAUUUUUUCGGGCUUAUUCGAAGCACAAAUCCGAGCAUUCUCGUAAUGGCCGAGCAAGAAUCCGAGCAUAACGAAUCAAUGUUGGAAAAACGGGUAUCAAACUCGUUGCAAUACUAUUCCGCCAUCUUUGAUUGCAUCGAUACCGUCUUUCCGUUACAAAGUCAUUCUCGGAUGAAGAUAGAGGAAUCCUUCGGACGUGAGAUCAGAAACAUAAUUGCGUGCGAAGGUCUCGAAAGAUUCGAACGGCACGUGGGUUUCGAUCAGUGGCGGAGGUCGAUGGUGGAGCUUGGUGGGUUCAAAAACGUCGAGAUCAACGAAAGGGAGUUUCUUCAAAGCCAAAUGAUACUGAAAAUGUACCACCAUCCAUUUGGUCCAAAUUCGUUCAAGGUAAAAAAACGGUGGUCCGAUGGCGGUGCCACCACCGCAGGUGUUACUCUGAGUUGGUCCGAUCAGCCUCUUUACACCGUAUCAGCAUGGACCCCUUCUGAUAUCGCCGGAGCUUCGUCGUCAUAUCAGCAGCAGCAGCAGCCGGCGGCAUAAUGUGAAACAACAGUUAGCUCAGAUUGAUGGUAUAAAGGUUAACAAU